AUGUUGUUUCUUCAUAAUUUAAGCGUCUCUGAUGUUGGGGACAGUGAGUUUAUUUUUGGUAAUUGUGGUGGGACGAUGAACCUGAAGUUUUUGAAGCCACUGUUAUUUCUCUGGAAACAACGGAAGUUUAGAUUCUCUACUGAGAGAUGCGCGCACUGCGCAAAUUCUAUUAUAUCCAUAAAUGGAGAUGCAGUUUUGAAUGGUAAGCUUGAACUUGCUCCUGAACCUGAUUCUUCCCCAAUUUUCAAGCCUUUGACUGGAGACUCUGGAAGUAAAAAGGAAGUAGAGCAGCGUUUGACAAAACAAGAGCAAUUUCAUUCUGUUGAAAUAAUGUGGGACGUUGAUAAUCCAGAAGCAAGAGUACCGAAUGAAGUCUUCAUUACUGGUAGCUUUUGGGGCUGGAAAGAAAAGAAAGCGAUGAAACGUUCUGAACGUGGUUUCAUCUUGACAGUUGACUUAUUCGGCGAAUCCAUUAACCAAGAAGCUAAGCUUUUGAACGGUGCGGAGAACGGAACAACCAACGGAUGCGGGGUACAGCCUUACAAGUUUAAGUUCAUAGUUGAUGGAGUUUGGCGUUGCUCGGAUCGAUAUCAAAAAUUGACAGAAGAUGACAAAAAAAAUUUACCAUGUUCUGUGCUGUGGCGCUCUAGCGCAGUUUUAGCUUUAAUUCACGUAUUCUUCCCGGUUAUGUCAGAUUUAUUUAAGAGAGUCCUCGAGCAGCAGAUGGAUAACUUGGAGAAUGGAACGAAGCAAACUGUUGAACCGGAAUUGAAGGUGAUGAAAGUUAAUGAAGAUCAUUGUGCAAAUUCUGGUGGCUCUACUGCUGAAAUACUCCAGGAACUAAAAGAGAAGCUGUUGAAACAAGAGGUGAAGAAUGAGGAAUUACGCGCUUCUAAUUAUCAGGUGGUUGAGGUUUCAAAAAAACAAGAACAGAAUUUACUGAAGAAGAUGAAGGACAAUGAGGAGAGGUAUAAAAAAAUAAUUGCGGAGUAUAUGACAGAGACUGUAAAACUCUUGCAUGAGAAGUUCCCGCAACUUCAAUCGCUUCCUUCAAUUCCCGAAACUUACGAAAGUGAUACUGUUACAGCUUGGUUCCAGAAGACAAGAGAUCUGUUAAAGAAAAACGACGAGGCUGCUUGUCGUAUCCCGAAAAGCGAAAACGUGCGUGUACUUUCUUUUACCGCUCUGGGUGUUGCUUUACUUAGAGAACGAUUGCUUUUUGUGCAAGCGAUGAACAUUGGGGAUGGGGAUGAACAAGUGAAGAAUUUGGAAGUACAGGUCAAGAAGUACCGUGCAGCACUGAAGACGCUGUUCGGUAGCCUUCGUGUGACAUCAUCUUUUCAAAAUUGGAUUGAAGUAAACUCCUACACAAAAAAUGAUCUAUUUUGUGAUGCAGGAUUAGUUCUUGAUUUUUUUGACUUUGUAUACGAAGACAACUCGUCAAACAUAGACCUCAUUGAACGGGAGGCCGCUGCGAAAAAAAAGAGUCAUGAGGAAGAAAUUGCAGCACUGAAAUCUAAACUCUCCCAGCUUACAUAUAUGACGUUGGUUUUGAGUGAUACUGUUCACAGCGCUGUUUCUUUCAGGUUGGAUAACAGAUUUAAAAAGCAGCAGGAUUCGAAACAAAAAAGGAAACCAGUUUUAUCUGAACGGAAAAUUGAGAGCUUCAAUGCUCUUUUUAAGAGUAAUCGCCUCGAUAAAAGCAGCCAACCGAAAUCUUUACCGAUAAACGAAAUUUCUGAAGAGUCGACACUGAACUCAGUGCCUUCUAGUGAGGAAGAUUGGGUUAUAGUUUAA